UUGGUGAGAGUGCCACUGCAGAUUCAGACGCUUAAUUUAGACAUCACGCGAUUCAUGCACGAUGAAAGUAUCGUACUGCAUCCGACCCUGUCCCGGCCGAUUUGGUUGGCCGUUGCUGUUUCUUGUUCUCUCCGUCUUCUUGUCGGUAGUUCUUUACGUCAAGAUUUCUCCGAUGCAACAGCUGUCGCCAAUUCCCCGGAUUACGUCGUUCCAUUCGAAGACUCGGCCUUCUUUGUUAACUGGCAGCGGGGCACUGACGAGCGCCCUCAAGUCAACCUACAGACUGGUGGGCGAGACCCUCCACGUCGGUGACACUGCACAUUUUGUCAUUCAAGCCAAGGACUCAAAUGGCAGGAACAAGACGUCCGGUGGGGAUUUCUGGUUUACGGUUCUCACCAGCGAGGCCGGUGAAUACCCGACCACGGGAGGGCGUACCGCUGGGUCCGUCGUGGACCACAAUAACGGCUCGUACAGCGUGUACUUCUAUGUUGGCUGGCAGGGAACUGCGUUCGUGCACAUAACUCUGGCAGCCCCGAGCGAGGCUACGAAAUGGCUGCGGGAAAAGUAUUGGCCGGUCGAAAGACGAGUCUUUUGGAAAGCGGAGUUCUGGGGGAGGCACUCCAUUGAAACAGCCUUAUGCUUCGUGCACAGAAAUUUGACAUCCACUUCUAACCUGUGCGUCGUCGAUCACAAUCCCAGGGCCAUGGGCUCGACGGCUUUUUACUGUCAGAAGCCACGAGUUGCCAAGUGUGAAGAUUUCAAAACGGUUGCAGUCGACCCAAACAUGGUUAACAACAGAACUCGGGAAUUACUGCAAAAUGACACAGCAUUGUUUGAUGGGAAGAACUAUUUGCAACCACUCACACGAGGACCCCCGAAAAUCACGAUCGGAACACAAAGCAACGCCACUAUCAUAACUCAAGCACCAAUUUGCAAUCCUGAUGAGGAGCCCCCUUUGAACCAUGGGUUCUGGCUCGACGCGGACUGGUACCACCUCCAGUGCAAGGUCCAGAAAUGGGAUAAUGUAAAAGCCGUCCGGGAAUGCUUACGUCAGAAACACGUGUUCAUUCAUGGCGACUCGAAUGUGAGGAGUUGGUACAGCCUGCUGGCAAAGAAAAUGGGAUAUCCUUGGAAGCACUUAGGAACGGGAGCAGACAAAAUGGUUAUACAUCAUUACUAUCAAGACAGUAAAAUAGAAACGAGUUUUUAUUUUCAUCCACGAGUUGUGACAAAUUCCAAGGUAUAUUUAGAUACCACCCCAUACGAGGUGGAUAUUUUGGACAACAUACGGAGCAACCAGUGCAAUGAAUACAUCAUAGUUUUAUGUCCGUGGGGCCAUUUCACCCAAUGGACACGUGAAAGUUUCGCUGAGCGGAUGAAUCUUCUCAAGGAAGCUGUGCUUCGGUUACGGGAGCGGUGCCCUGACGUCCCCGUUGUCUUAAAAGGUACUCACACCAGGGAACACGAGAAUGUACUGAAGGCAGUCUACGCCAGUGAUUAUACCCUUUGGGCCUGGGGUCGCAUAUUACGGGACACGUUCCGCGGCACCGGUGUGUUUUUCUACGAUGUCUGGCAGAUGAGCUUAGCGUACGGAAAGCCAGACAUACACAUGCCGUUAGAAGUCAUAAACGAAGAAGUGAAUUGGUUUUUGUCCUAUGUCUGCAGGUGAUAAAAUAAUCCGACAGGUGCUCAGCCUUAGUUACUUGCACUUCCACACCAUGAAUGGCAAGAGUCGUAGACUUCGACCAGCACUUUGAUUUGAGACCUUUUCUUUGUAGAACUGUUAAGGCUUGAAAAGAUAAAGAACUUAAUGUAAAUCAAGAGAUGUUUCAUUUUGUUCGAUAGUGAAUCUUUAUAUCUUUUUAUGUGCUAGGUUACGGCUUUCAAAAAAUCGAGUAUAAUCCGGCUAUUUUCUAAGAAUUUAUGUUGUUAUUUUAAACAGGUGGUUGUUACAAUC